AUGCGAAAGUUGGAAUGGGACGACAUGAGAGUGAAGGUCGACGGUCGGCAGCUACACCAUUUGCGCUUUGCUCAUGACAUCGUACUGAUAACACCUAACAUCAGCCAAGCGGAACGAAUGCUGACCGAAUUCAACGAAACAUGUGGAUGCAUCGGUCUUCAGCUGAAUCUAGACAAGACGAUGUUCAUGCGGACCGGAUGGGUUUCGGAUGUCCGAUGA